AUUUUUUUCUUUUUUUCCUUUCACAAUUUUAGGGUCAACGUAAAAUACAUGAAGACAAUUAAAUUAAUACCGGGCAAUGAUAUGCCAUUCUGUCCAAGUCCCAUUCAUUAUACUUUUUCGACUCCGUAUUAAUCAACUAACUUUCCUCUACCUUUCAUUCUUAUCCGUCUCUCUCUUUUCUUUUUUCCAUUUUCGUUUUCUAAAAUUAUUGUUUCAAAACCUUCUCUCUCCAAUCGGGCUUUAGGUCUGGUCACACAUGGCGUCACUGUGGCGGGCCGCGAUGGGCUCGGGGAAUCAGUCCAACGAUGACUACGGCGGCGUUGAAUUCUGGACCAACCCGGAGCGGACCGGUUGGCUCAUGAAACAAGGCGAGUACAUUAAGACCUGGCGACGCCGCUGGUUCAUCCUCAAACAGGGGAAGCUCUUCUGGUUCAAGGAGUCCAUCGUCAACCGGGGCUCCGUCCCCCGCGGCGUUAUUCCGGUGGCUUCUUGCCUGACCGUCAAGGGAGCUGAAGAUGUCCUCAAUAAGCAGAACGCCUUUGAGCUCUCCACCCGGACCGACACUAUGUACUUCAUCGCCGAUACCGAGAAAGAGAAGGAGGAUUGGAUCAAUUCCAUCGGACGCUCCAUUGUCCAGCACUCCAGGUCGGUUACUGAUAAUGAGAUCGUCGAUUACGAUAGCAACCGCAAAUAAUUGUGUGUAUUAUUAUUAACUUAAUUCAUAUUUAUGUACCAAAACCAUUAUUAGGUUUUGUUAAUGAUCGUGGUUUUUACAGUUUUAUUGUGUGUCUACUACGACUUCAAUUGUACAUGUUGAUAAUGAAGCUUAUUUCUGGAUUCGUAGCUCUAAUCCCUUUGUUUGGUACCACUUUUACCCAUCCUACUUGAUUCUACUCCUUGCAGCUAGUGAGCUCUUGCUGUUUCCAUCGAUUCUUUGUUGUUCAAUGUAAGCAGCUUUUGGUCUUGCCCUUGCAAUUGUUUUAGCUUUGAUGAUGAUGGUUGGUGUGAAUGAGACACUCCUUUUAAAUUUGUCCGAUUCCGGAAGAAUAGUUUCUUGAUGACAAAAUUUGCCAAGAUGAUGGUAAACUAAAUUUGGUUUAGUUACUAAAAGAAUUGAAUGAAUUCUGCACCACAUGGGAACCGAUUUAAAGCCUGAAACUAGAUUGUUAUGCGGCUCCAGGAAACUGAAAUCUCUAAAGGUUGAAGUAAUUUCAAAUGAAUUGCUCCUGCAAUGUGAAUCGCCUAAUUUGAUCUUAUAGUGCCUUUACCAUUUCAAAUAUUGUUGGAAUUUGUAGAACUGCAUUGCAGGGUUUGCUCUUAUUUCCAAAUCAGCUUGAGAUUUUGCACUUUUUGACUGUGGUGCCAGCUAAUUGAUGACCGUUUCCUGGUAUCAUCUCGCAGUGCGUAGUAAAAUUUCCUUUUGAACACUGCAUUGAAUCACUUGCUAGAGAGACUUUUUGCUAUGUAAUGGUUCCAGUACACAUUUAACACUUUUGGGUUUGUUAGAUGGUUGAUAUGGUUUUGUAUGCCAUGGAAUAAUCAAUCAUCCAUCCCGAUGUUCAUAAAGUUGUGGACCUUGUAUUCUAGUCAAGUGCGGACGCCAAUUUCAUUGUCUUCUCUAGGUUAUCUUGUAUCUAUGGGAACACGUCUUCUCUAGGUUACCUUGUAUCUAUAGUAAUGAGUUGUGUUACAAGUGUCUUACUCUUCUCACUUCUGCUUUGUUAUCUUUUCUCCGUGUUAUGAAAUCUUAUUCAGCUUAACCCAAUGGCAUCUGAUUGCUCUGUGAAAUGACUAGUAUCAUUUUCGAAUUUGUUGGUGACUGUAGUCCAGUUUGUGGUUUGACAUCUGAAAAUUAUUG